AAAGUUUCAAACAAGCUCGCUAUUUUCGUAAUUUAAUUAAACAAAUAUUUUUUUUAAUUAAAUACUAAGUGCAAAUGAUUCGUUUUGUACGCUUUUGGUUAUUUUCGAGUCUAGCUAAUAAGUGGCAAAAAGUGCAUUUGUAGGUUAGGCUUUUCCAAACAAGUUAUUGUUUUGAGUGAAUCAUGAAAGACUCAAAAUUAGUGUUGAAGGAGGCACGAGAUGCCAUCAAAAACAAGAAUUAUGAAACUGCCUUGAAACUAUGCAAGCAAAUACUGAAAGAAGAAAAGAACAAUUACAUGGCCCUUGUCUUCCUGGGAGUCUCAUUACAGGAAACCGGUCAAAACGCCAAAGCUUUGAAAGCUUUCCAGGAGGCAAUCGAAGCAAACCCUUCAAAUCCCUUGGCUUGGAACGGUCUUAUAAAUUAUUACGAAAAAAUCGACACUAAAGAAACUAAACUUGAUUUAAUUAAUGCUUACAUUUCGCUAAUUGGCAUUGAAACAGGCGAGAAAAAAAUCCUCGAAUGUGUCCAAAAACUGGCAAAUUUGUGCGAAUUCGGCGACUUGGCUAAAAUCGUAACAGCGAUUUUUUCAGUCCUGAAAGAGGGCAAGUGUGACAGUGCGGAAUGUGCAGUUUGUUUGAUUAAUAUUUUAUCAAAAAUUGAAAAUCUCGCACCGGAUUUGGUCCCAAUUUACGAAGAAACGUUAAAACUCGCCUUAAACAACCAAAAAACCGUAUGUACGAAAUAUUUCAGCGAUUAUUUAAACCUGUUGUAUAAGCAAGACAAAGCGGGUGAAUUAUUACAACAGGCGAAAAAAAUGCACGAAAUGUUUGAAUCAGACUGGAUUUCUUUGCGUUGGAUUUGUAAGAUUUUCAAUGAGGUUUACGUCGAGUCCGGCACUUUGAUCGAAUCGGUCGAAAACAUGGCCAAUUACAGCGAAAGUCUCUCUAAAUUGGAGGCACCUUCAGCUACGGGUCUAUUCACCCAAAGCAUUUUACUAGUUGAACAGAAAAAAAUUAUCGAAGCGAAAGAUGUUUUAGAGCAAGUUGUGGGGGUUUUACCCGGGUUGGUACACGCGUGGGUACUUUUGCUAAAAUGUUGUAUGCAACUCCUGUUGUACGACGAAGCCAUAAAUGCGGCAAACAAACUCGAGAAACUGUUACAAAAUAAGAAGAUUUUGAAGAAAAGUGUUAAUGUUUUGAUGGUUGAGGUUUUGUCCCGGUCGGAGGAGGAGGCCGACCUUCGCAAAGCGUUACAAUUAUUUGAAAAUAUUGAAACUGAGGUGAAAUCUGCGUGCAAUCAACACUUGAUUCGUGCAAACAUCAAUCUAAAAAAAUUCACCGAAGCUAAAUCGUUACUCCAAGAAUUCAAUUCUACUGAUAAAACACACAUUUUGCUCAAAGCCCAGUUGCUCCACAAGCAGGAAAAAUUUUCCGAAGCUCUGGAAAUUCUAGAAAGGGAAAAUUGCGAGUCUUGUGAAUGGUGGCUCGAAAUCGGUUCGCUUUAUUGGGAUUGUGGCCACUUUGACAAAAGUCUGAUCCCAUUUUUGAAGGCCACCAAAUUGGACCCAAAUAACUACAAGUGUUUCCUGUUUUUGGGCCAUUUCUACAAGAGAAACAACGACUUUGAUAAAGCUAGACGAUGUUACGAGAAAGCUUUCAAAAUUAAUAAGCGAUGUGCGGAGGCCGGGAUCGAACUAAGCAAAAUCUACCGCAAGUUAAAAAAUUGGGACGCCAACUUGAACUUGUUACAAGCCCUCACAAGUGGAAUAAUUAACGCUAAAAAUUCCUGGGCUUGGAUGCAGCUAGGGCUACACCACUUGGAACAAUUAGAUUACGAUAAAGCCGUUACGAACUUGCGAUUCGUCAUACGAAUUGACGAAAACAAUGCUCACUGCUGGGAAUCCCUGGCUGACGCCUACUUGGCCAAAGGUGCCUACACUUCCGCUUUGAAAUGUUACGAGAAAACGUCGAGUUUGGUGUCGGAAGCGUGGUAUCCGAUGUUACAAAAAGGGCACAUUAAGCAGAUUUUGGGCGAAUUUGCCGAAGCGCGGCUCGAGUUUGAGGAAAUUUUAAAAUUUAACAAGUUUUACGUCCCGGCUUUGAAAGGCAUGGCUGAGACUUGUCUGCUUCAAGCGAGGCAUUGUUACAAGGAUCAGAGACUGGGGACGAGUCGGGACCAUGCUCAGGUGGCCACCGAUCACUUGAUUCGGGCUCUGAGCCAACGUGGCGACCUCUCGUGUUUGUGGAAAUUGUUAGGGAACGGGUGUUUGUUCGUGGCCAAUUUACCUGAAAAACAUUCGUGUCUUUUGAUUGCGAAAAAGUUCGUUGAAGGGAGGGACGUUGUGGGUGAUACGGUUCUAGAGAAAAGUGAUUUAUUCGCGUUGGCUGCGCGCUGUUUUUUCAAAAGUUUGGGUCUAGUUGAGGAUAAUUUUUUGAUUUGGCACGAUUUGGCCGUUUGUUAUUUAUCGCACGGGCUUAGUAGCGGUUCAAGCGAGUUAAUUACUAAAGCUCAAACUAUUUUGCAACAUUGCACGGCUAAUAAUCCGACGUAUUGGCCACACUGGAAUUUAUUAGGCAAUGUAGCGAUGCAUCUAAACCCUCCAAAUUAUAAAUUCGCGCAACAUUGUUUCAUUAAAGCCGUUAUCGCUGAUAGUCACAGUGCCGUCUCGUGGACGAAUUUAGGCACUUUGUAUUUUCUCCUCGGUGAUUUUAAGCUGGCAAAUCAGGCGUUUUCGCAAGCUCAAAGAUCGGACCCUAACUACGUUAACAGUUGGAUAGGACAGGCACUUUUAGCCGAGACUUUGGCACACGAAGACGCUAUGGAUUUGUUUAGGCACAGCACCCAGUUAAGGGUCCACAAACAGGGGGCUUUGGGGUACGCACAUUGGGUGUGCAAAACGUUGAAGGAGUCGCCGGUGGACACCGUCGUCUAUUCGAUACACAACAUGCAUGCGGUCCCUGUGGCUUGUGAUGUAAUCACCUGGUAUACGGAACAUGAUCCAAUGAACGCCACAGCGUGGAACAUGCUGGGAAUUCUCAAAGAACGAAUGGGUCUCAAACUGGGUGCUUUGGAGGCUUUCAAAAACGCCCUAACUUUAUCCGAUAAAAAACAGAGAGACUUGGCCCGAGUCAACUACGGCCGAUUACUGGCCGCUUUGGGCAAAUACCAGCAAGCAGUCGAUAGUUUUACAAAAGUCGAAGCUGCGACUUUCAACAGCGGAAGCGGCCUAGCGCUCGCGCUCUUCAAAGACAAACUUUACAAAGAAUCGUACGAAGUGUACGAAUCCACUUUACAUUGGCUGUCUGACGAUUCUAAUUUACAGUCGAAUUUAUUGGUGGCUUUGGCCUCAAUGGCCUACAUGUUCGAGGGGCCUGAAGCGGCCAAAACUCUGUUGUUUCAAAGUAUUCAGCUUGAGAAUCCGUCACCGUGGGGGUUUUACGCGAUUUCGUCUUUGGGUUUGCUCCAUGAUGAUUUCAAUCUGACUGACUUGGUUUUAAGUGAGUUGAAAAAAAUUAUUUCGAGGAGUUGUGGGCCACAUUUUGCCGUUUUGGCGAGUUAUUUCCACUUGUUACAAGGUAAAAAUAAGCAAAGUGUGUGUGAGGUGAGCAAAAUUGUGUUUAUGUACCCGGACCAAGCGCCAGUUUGGGCAACUCUUUCGUCGGUUUUGAUUCGAGUGGGGAAAGAUGCCAAAGCGGCUGCCAAUUGCGCCCAAAUUGCCAUGAAAUUAGGCCAAGCGACUAAUACAAACGUUACUAAAAUUUUGUGUCUCGUGGCUUUGUCGUUUCUUAUCGUAGGUGACACGGCAAAAGCGCUCUUAAUGGCCCAGAAAGCCAUUCAUUGUUACCCGAAUUUGGCCGAAGGUUGGGCGGUUUUUAUAGCGGCCUUGGUGCGCUCCAAACGAACCAAUCGAGUCCCAGAGUUUUUAAAAAUCGCACAGCAGUUGAAUCCUUGUGAAAAAUUAAAACUCUGGAUGGAUAAGAUUUGAAUAAAAUGUUUCACGCUUUC